AUGGCUCAACCCGCAACCUCUCAAGAAUUCACCGCCUUCUACCUUCAGCGAACAACCCAGGAGUUCGCCGAGGACCUCGACAAGGUUCGCGAGGCUGACGACUUCAAGGCCGAGUCGCUGCCCUUUCUCAUCCACGCCCUGCAGCAAGGCACCGCGCUGUACUCGACUGCGGACCAGGCUCGCGUCGCGCGUGCUGUUGCGCCUGCCGCCCUUGCCGCCGCGAAGGAAGAGGACCAGGACGUCGCGAUGGAUGAGCCGCAAGCAGAGAAUGAGAACAGGAACAGCAAAAAGGAGAAAAAGGAGAAGAGCAAGAGGAAGAAGUCAUCCGGUUGA